AUGGAUUUUGAGGGCUUGGCCAAAGAGUUGGAGGUUAUGGAGGAAAAGGAUCCGAGUGGAUCCGGGAGGAGACGACGUCGGAUUCUAAGAGCAUCAGACGCUGUGCGAAAACGAAGGGCAAAGCAAAAGGAUUUGCUAAAGACAUAUAUGGGUUUUGAUGUGGAUUGCUUUCAUUACGGUCCGUAUAGAGUAGUUGAGUCUAAGUGGGGAGAUGAUUAUGAUAUCGCCCUUUUUGCUAGGCUUGGACUCCACUGCCACAAUUUUCAAAAGGGAACAAACUUCAAGUUUGUUCGCUGGGAAAAAUACAGUACUAACUCUACUGCAUACAGCAGCUACUACAUAACUUUGGACGCAAAGGAUCCAGCCUCUGACACCAGAUUCUCUUUACAGACGAUGUUAAGCGAUGAUUAUUAUGCAGCCCGUUUCAUUAGGUGGAGUACCUUAGCCUGCAGAGUCAAAUGUACCAAGGCUGUGGAUGAUUAUUGGGACGAUUCGAAAAUAGAUGAGUUCUACAAAAGUGCAUUGCCCAAAUGGUCGUCUGAUGAAGAAUUGGCCCGUGACAAUAAAAAUUAUUAUGUGGUGCAAGAAUCAGAGCUGCAGGAGAAUGACUGGCUGCAUCUAUUCACCGAUUACGCGAAAACAAAGAGAAAAUUGACGGCUUCCCCAUUUCCACCGUUGGAGAUCAAGAAGGUGGUUGUUGUAACUAAAGAAGAAUACACAAGAGAGCCGCGUGAGAUUCUCAAGGCAGAGAAUGCAAUCUUCUACAUAUGUUACAAGUAUAAUGGUGAUUCUUCAAGGGGUUGGGAGGGUGAUCACAGAGCCGUAGUAAGGAAAACCAUGGAUAAGAAACCAGGACACAUGUGUCUUGAAGUUGAAGCAGAGAGAACUGAAGAAGAAGAAAGAAGAGAAAAAGCCAAGUUUCUGGAAAAUUUUCGGUCAAAAUAG